UGUUGUGCAUCAAAGGGUUAAAAUGUUGGAGCGGCUGUCUUGACGCGAAAACGAGAGACGGCUGGCCUGACCGCAGUACCAAAACUGGAAAAUAAUCCCGUCGGUCUAAAACGGCAUUGCUCUUCAACAGAGCUCAGAAGAAGGGACACACUCUGGAGGAAGAAGCCUGGUCGUUGUUCGGUUGUGAGAUCACCGUCCGCUUCGUCGGUGCAUCCCUUCACAAUGCCAUGACGGUGUGGUUGUGUCUCCUGCUGUUCUUAUUACACUCCACAUAUGUUGAAGUCGCCCACGUGAUUGGAGCUAACAGGACUGCAAUUCAGGGACAGAACAUUUCUCUACUCUGCAGACUGACCGAUACCGACGAGGAGCUCACUCAGAUUUCCUGGCAGAAGAAAACGAGAGAAGACCCUGUGAAUCACAAUUUCUAUAUCAUUUCACCUCUGGACGGCCCAAAAUAUGUCAAUGGCAACAGUGAUCGAAUAACCUUUAUUGGGAGCACAACAGAAAACAACGGAUCUGUCCAAUUAUCCCAUGUCAGACUGUUGGAUGAAGGCGUCUAUACAUGCAUCUUCACUUUGUUUCCGAGUGGAAUCUACAAGACGGAGAUACCUCUGACAGUGCUUGUUCCACCAGUAUCAAGUCUGGAGCCUGAAGAUCAUCUUGUUUUGGGUAGCACGGAGGUCACCUUUGCAAGGUGUGUGGCCACUGGUGCCAAGCCGCCUGCAGAGGUGAGAUGGGACACUGGGUCUCUAGGAGAAUCCGUCAAGGCAGAGACCACGUCCUUCUCCCACGACAACAUCACCACCACCACAGUCAGCAGCCUGACUGGAGUACCAAGCACAGCGGUCCUUGGCCACACGGUCCGAUGUUUGGUCAAACAUCUGGCCUUGACAAAGGAGGAAAGCCUGCCCUUAACCCUUAAAGUCCAUUUUCCACCCACUACAGGGAAGAUCAGUGAAAUAUCCAAAAAUGUGUUUGAAUGUGUAUCUAACGCCAGCCCUGAAGCCAACUUCACCUGGACCAGACCAAAUCAGCAGUGGCCUCAUUCAGCUGUCAAAGCAGACGGAAGGAAACUACAUUUUGACAACCCCACUGCUGAUCUGAGUGGCCUCUACCUCUGUGAGGCAUCCAACGCCUAUGGAACCACAGCCACUUAUCUCUAUGUCAGCGUGUCUUCAAGUUCCUGCCCUUUGGCGAUCACGCUUUGCAUCCUUUUUUUCCUGGUUGCUGCUGCUGCUGCUGUUGUUGCUGCAUUGUACUGGCGCAGAUACAGAAAUUGGCCAUGGAGUGGAGAUGGGCAGCCUGUCGAACAGGACGAUACCGCCUGUCAGGAAGCAAGCAGAGAGAGGACAAGCAACAUAGACCUCUGAGAUGCCAUGACGAGCUCAGUCCAGCUUCAGCUGCUCUCUUGACAGAUGCAGAGGAACAUGUGCCAUGACCACAGCCCACUGUCCCAGUUACUUGGCAUGUAUGCUGGCAUAGUUUCUUUUUAGAAAACCAGACACCUCUGUAUCAGUUACAUACUUUUUUGUUGUCCCAGUCCCCCCUCAUAAUAGGAAAAAAAUCAUCUGAAAAAGGAAACCACACCUUUUGCCAACCGUCCUUUUCAGAGGCCCUAAAUGAUACAGAAAAAUUUAUUUAUUUUAUUUAUUAGUCAUCUUAACCAAACAAAGGAGUAGAAUGCUUCAAAAUAAGUGGCAUUAAGUUUACUUCUAAUUUACACAGGUAAUGAUUCUCAGAAACUUUGCAGAUGUUGCAAGAUUAGGAUGCUAAUGUGUCAUCUGUAGUGCAUAUGCUUUACAAUUUCACAUUUGGUUUCUGAGUUUUGUCAUAAUAUUAACAAAACCAGAACAGUGCAUGUCAGGAAAAUGGAGAUAGGUGGAUAAUGGGGUUUGUUUAUUUUAUUUAUCCCUAUGGCAUGGCAUGAUAUAUCUCUUUAGCGAGAGAGACCUGGCAGAGUUAGUAUAUGUAAAUUACAGUAAUGAGUAGGUGUUUCAGCAUUCAGGACAAACAAUAGUUUCAAACAAUAGCCUUUCACAUAGUGCGCGGUUUGGGCGGCGCGCUUCGCUGGGUACGCUUUGUGCAUUUUCAACUUGGGCGCAGCGCCCUGUUCGGCGGCAGCGCCCUCAAAACUGACCUCAAAAUUUUAAAAAUUUAAGGAAUGGAGUUUGACAGCUGCUAAGCUGUCAGAUGAGCCAGCUUAGCUGCUCAUAACUUCAGCCAAGAUUGACUGCCUUUUUUCAGCGACCCAACAUUGUACAGGUCGUGGAGCGCAUUCAAGGGUGUGCCAGCAGUUUUGCUGGAUUCAGGAUUCAGUACAGCUGGAUACAGAUUCAAUAAACUUUUGUGGGAAUAUUGAAACUUUCAGUAACAGAACUGACCCACUUUGCCUGCUGCGUUGUCUCGUAGAUUUCUUAAUCUAGUCAAGUAGUAGAUAGAGUAAAUUGGAUUAUAUUAAUGGAAUCACAUAAGGCUUUCAGGGAGUCCUUGUAUGUCCCCCAGCUGAGCUUUCAUCAAUACUGCUACAGUCUAAAAGUCCUUUUCGAGUCGAGAGCAGAAUUAAAACAGCAAGAAAUGCAUGAUUGUUCUCAUAAAAUUUCAGAAGUCACUAGCUGGUGCAACAGUUUGUUCGGGAUAUCUACACGCUGUUUCUGUAGUUUCUGUAGGCUGAUAUUCGACAAACAGGAAUACUCCGUGAUUAUUUGGUCCCAUGCUUGACAUUUAUCCCGUCGCGACUUGGGACAUUCAAUCAAUUAUGGUCAACAUACAGAUGCAAACACUGAUCUGCCACGGUGCUGACAUCUUGGAUUUGCCCUGAUGAUGAUGUUCGAGGAAUGAUCAUCAGAGUUGACAAAGUAGCAUGAAUGUGCUUGCCAAAUGUCAUGACAAUCCAAACAGUAGAUUUUGAGAUGUAAAUUUGACAUUUGGGCUUGGCAUAGCACUAGAAUUUAGGGAAUGGGGUCAUAAGAAUUAAUGGGGUUUAUUCUCUGGGAAGCAUUGGGAUGCUCAGCAAAUUACAAUCAAAAUGAAGAGGAAUCUUUAUUUGGGAGCAUGAAUACACAUAACAAAUGUAACAAUCCAUCCAGUUUGUGCGAAGUUGACAUGUAGGCCUGAUGGUGGCACUACAGGAAAGGUCAGUUGAUCUGGAAAAUUGACACGAUUCAUCCUCUGAAGCAAGUGAAACGUGCCAUCAUACAACCUGCCCAGUAAGAAAGAAAAAGUUGUUCAGAGCGGCUUGCUUAUAACCUACGGACAAAACAUUUGUGCGUUUUGGUGACAUACUUAUGUUGUUUUACAUACAUUAGAAGUUGGUUUGUAGGUUUUGAGAUUAGAGCAGCAUUGUGCGUAGAGCAGUUUUAUGUUAGGUUAUGUUAAUCCAGCAUUAAUCCAUUCAUAGCAUUCAUGCUCAGCCUUAGUUGUGUGUUUUUGCCUUGACAUUUUAAUAACAUUGCCCUUAUAUGUUUUGUCAUUUUUUUUUAGCAUUUUUCAGCUUAAAUGCUUGAUUUUGCUCAUGAGUGUUGCUCAGAGUGGCUAUCCUUGCCUCUUUCUCUCCUUUUCUUUUCUGGUACACUUGGAGAAGUCAGCUGCUGUGUGUAUCACUCUGUCCUGUGAGCUUACAGAAUGAAUGUGUGUGUGUAAAUGUGCUACACAAACUCUCUGUAUUGUUAGGUAGUGAAACAGUAAUGUUGUCAUGACUGCUGGCUACUGGCAGGAGUAUGUUAACUAUAUAAUCAGACUGGACAGGCUCAAACAAAGAUCGUAUUUUGGCUGAAUACAAAGUGGAAGGCAGCAGCUGCCACAGGAAAGUCCCUGACUCUCAUGGGUUGGUGGCUUUGGGAUUUCAGAUUAGACAACCUUUCUUUUUUUUCUUUUUUUUUUUUUAAGAAGGAAAUCAGCCCACUCUUUCCCACAAAGGGUUUAUGCAGUGCUGUGUGUACUCUUCUGACUUAACAGAGCUGGAGUGUUUGCUUUAACAGAGUAUGUGUACUGGAACCACAUCCACCACCACACCCCUUUGUUUUGAAAAUUUCAUCCUGGAGGCACUAAGUCAUGAACUGAGUGUGCUCUCCCACACUUCCAAAUGCUUUGUGAUGCCCUUAAGCUCUGAUAAUUGUUGUAGGCAUUCACCAACUGAUCUGAGUUGCUCUUUAGUCCCUUGCACCUGUUGGCUACACAGAGCAUUAACCUGUUUUGUCUCUGAGAGCAGACAGACAGACACUUUCCUGAGCGAAGAAGAGCCUGUCAGCUUCAUAAUCCCUCCACCGAGAAGACAGUUAGGGUUAGGGUUAGAAGUGGCAUGUCCUAUAAGAAGUGUGAAGUCAUUCGAGUCAACAAAAUUCAGAGUGAGCAUGUGAAAAGGGACACUUUAUUAGGUUUCUGUAACCCAGAAAUCAUUUGUAGUUUAAUUAUUGUUUUUUAAUACUAUGGUGAGCUACAUUCUCUCUUUGCUCAUGUCCAACACUCACCUCCUCUCUAAAAUCAAUCCUUAUUUUUAUUUUUAUUUUUUUUUUAAUAGAUAUUUUUUCUAACUACAGUUUAUAUUGGUGAAUCAUAUGACUGUGGUGGGUGUCUAGCCGGCCGGCCACAGUUACCAGGCAGUUUUCAUAUAUUUCUUCACUGUGUUCUUGCCGCACCUAGAAAAAUAAUUGAACAAGCAUGAAAGUUUCAGUUCACAUCAUUUGUUCUUAAUGCAGUCAGUUCACAGCGAUUUUAGUCUCUUAGUGGAACACAGAAUUUCUUAGUACUGAUCACACAAUAUUGCAGUUACCUAAAUUCAAACUGCACUGAAUACAUUCUUCCUUAGUAUUACAUUCCUUAGUAAUCUUUACAUUGUUUACACAACAUACUUUAUAAAAUAUCACUAAAAUAAUCACAGUACUUACCAUGUCAGUAGCCCGGGCUCGAAUGUCGUUUCUGUUUCAACAGAGAUUGAUGCUUGAGCAGGGUUAUAUUUUACAGAACACUGAAAAUUAGAUCUCUCCAGCUGUUGUAUUGUUUAGAUCCUGAUAUUUUGACGGCACUUGUCAUCUGUCUUGAAUCUAUCAACUGUGCCAAAUACUUCACGUAUUAAUAACUAAUUGCAAAUUAAUUUGAAUACACUAUUUACCAUUUAAGUCUAACAAUUUGUAUAACAAAUGUCUAAUAUUUGCACAAUAUGCAUGUCAAUAUAAUAUAACAUCUAGUGUUUAUUAUACAUGUAUUAAUAUACUUAAAUGAAAGUACUCACCCUGACGGUACUUUGCAGGAUCUCAGUGUGAUCCAGGCAGCUACAAACAGAGCACUCACUACUAGAACAGCUACCACCACCGCCACCACCACCACCACAUGCACCUGUGUCUUACUCUCUUCAGCUGCUUUUGUAUCUAUAAAAAGAGAGUAAAUGAGUUCACCAAACACCAAGGACCAGGAGGAGAGUUAAAUACACAAAGUGAAGGCAAAUAUUUUUUGACUUUGUCUGCAGGCUCCACACACACACACACACACACGUCACCACUGUGCACAUUUGGCUAGGGAGGGCACUGUUUCAAUAAGGAAGCAGAGACUGCAGCCAUCUUGUCACACAGAGAUACAGCUCUCACUUCCUGUGCUCUCUUCAGCCACAUGAAACAUUCUGCCUCUGCAUCACACGAUUUGGGAAAAUGCAGUCCUACUAUAAUCUUGACUGUUUGAUGAAGUUGCCCGUAGACUCCAUGUUUUUUGGUGUUGUAGUCAUGUCGCCUUUUUUUUACAGCCAUGCAGCUCUUUUUGUUUCCAGGGGGCAGGGGAGUGGGUGUCACUGUUUAUACAGGAGUGAGGCAGCUGUUGCAUCAAUAUUAUGGUGCAGGUUCACCAGUUGUGGAGUGACUGUGUUUACACAGUAACUAAAAUGACAGUCCACAUCCAUCUGUGUUUAGGCCUACUACUGAGGGGUAAUUGUUGCUUAUGCUAUUUUUAAUAACCCCACAUUUGCUGUAUUAUUAGUUCUAUUUAAUGUUGUAUGUCAUUGUCAAAGGAGUUUGCUCUAGUUCCAUCUAAUCCGAUGAUUUGGGACAGAUCAGCUCACCUGUAAUCAGCAGGCUCC